UGUCCUGUACUUCAAAUGAAUUUUGCAUGUCUUUACACAUGAUGAAUGUUGGUGUCAACUUUUAUGAGUACUGGGAAAAAACUGAUGAAGUAUUAGAUCCGUAAUGAGUUUUCCUGGUUUUUUGCCAUAAAAUGCAGUUACCUAAGCAACGCAAUUUCCGACACUAAAAAAAAAAUUGUGUCUUGCAGGUCUUUAGCAUGCAUUUUAAUAUUGCAUUAUUUGGUCUCAAAAGUUGAUUAAGGGUUGAAAGUAAGCGAGCGGAGCAGUAAACAAAUUUAAUGAGGCGGAUUUAUCGCAAAAAUGUUGAGGACCCCCCUUGUAUUAGGGUUAAAGCCUAUUGUUAAUAUUUCACAAACAAGGUGAUCUAUAAAUAAACAUACACAUAAUGGUCUCUUCCUAGUUCAUCCAUGGUGACAAUUUGAAGUGAACAGGCUGAGACAAAUUCAUCAGGCUCCUUUAGUAUAAGACACGCUUCAUCCAACCUUUUCGCAAUCUUUUCAUCUAGACGCUUCUCAGAACCCUCAAAGAAACGUAGAAACCAGCUCGGGGGGUCGUCAGCUACAUCUGCGUAUUUGUCAAAUUCACCAGUAAAGUCCGGCGGGCGUGCAAUAGAAACCUCGCCCGACUCUCCCCGGACACGUACUCCUUCGACUGCUACUUGUUUGGGUGCCGGUUUGGAGGGAGAGUUUUGUCCUUCUGAGCAGGAUUGCCUUUUCUGAUCCAUCUUUUUCCUUUUUCUUAACACCAAAGAAUGAAAAGAAUACUUCAAAAAGAAGUACUUACUCGUCCAUUACAAGUUUUGGGCCAAAAAUCGUCAGAUUAGGUUGAGCAAAAUGAGAAACGAUUCAUCAGCGUUGAGGGCGCUCUCCUGCUCCGAUUAUUUUGGUCUUAGUGGGCUACUGUCUGAUUGUGGAGAUUUUAAGAACUCUAUCUCUAGUCAUUUGCAUACCGAUGAUUUCAACUCUAAUGGAGUUGAUGUUCGUGUCAUCACGAACCCGGCUAUGAUGAGCGAUCUCAAUAACAACGUCAUGUCUGACCUCCCUUUGUCGACUGCCAGUAUAGCGUACUCUGGAUUCCUACCACUGAAUUUCAGCAAGGUUUCCACUUUGGCGAGUUGGAGUUGCGAAAAAAUAUGUUUUAUAAUUACACUGAAUUGGCAAGUUAGACCGAGAAAGUGGAGAGGUGGAGCAAUGGGUACUGCAACCCGACCGCCUAGCUGGUGUGUGUUCUGUAAGAACAACGGGGAAAGCGAGAUGGUGUAUGCCAGCCACAAGUUGAAGUCCGAGGAUGGCAUCACUAGCUUUGAGAGUGAGCACACCACCAGUAUUAAUCAUGUUCGAUCCAUUCCAAGAUAAUUUUGGUCUAAGUCGGCUACUGUCUAAUUGUAGACUCUGGCGAUUUUAAGAACUCUAUCUGUAGUCAUUUGCACAACGAUGAUUUCAACUCUAAUGGAGUCGAUGUUCGUGUCAUCACGAACCCGGCUGUGAUGAGCGAUCUCAAUAACGUCAUUUCUGACCUCCCUGUGUCGACUGCCAGUAUAGCGUACUCUGGAUUCCUACCACUUAACAUCAAUAUUACUGAACUUUCGAAAGUGUUGAGAGGAGCGGGUCGACGCUCUAAUAACGGUAGAGGUGGAGCAACGGGUACUGCAACCCGACCGCCUAGCUGGUGUGUGUUCUGCAAGAACAACGGGGAAAGCGAGAUGGUGUACGCCAGCCACAAGUUGAAGUCCGAGGAUGGCAUCAUUAGCUUUGAGAGUGAGGGCACCACCAGUAUUAAUCAUGUUUAAUCCAUUCCAAGAUAAUUUUGGUCUAAGUCGGCUACUGUCUAAUUGUAGAUUCAGUGGAGAUUUUAAGAACUCUAUCUCUAGUCACUUACAAAACAACGAUUUCAACUCCAAUGGAGUCGAUGUUCGUGUCAUCACGAACCCGGCUGUGAUGAGCGAUCUCAAUAACAACGUCAUGUCUGACCUCCCUUUGUCGACUGCCAGUAUAGCGUACUCUGGAUUCCUACCACUGAACAUCGAUAUUACUGAACUUUCGAAAGUGAUGAGUGUAACUGCCACCAAGUUAUUUAGACAAAAGUCAAAAGAUCCAACGUUUGGACGGAUGUUGAAAGUUUAUUCCAAACGGUGCCGUGAAACUGUAACAAAUAUUGAACAAUUCAAACAAUUAUUUUCAUAUCAAAUAUGUACAUGUUGAAAGUUUAUUCCAAACAGUGCCGUGAAACUGUAACAAACAUUGAACAAUUCAAACAAUUAAUUUCAUAUCGAAUAUGUACAUUGCAAUAAUAUCAUUUCCAAUUAAACAUAUAUUAAUCAAGUCUUAUUAAAUUACUCUUUUAGUGAAAUUUCCUCAACUAUGACAUUUUAAACAAGACGUACAUGUAUAUGAUCAUUUAACAUUUCAUACAAUAAUUCUUAACUAAUUCUCAUCAUUCAUAACCGAUUGUCAUAUCACUAAGUUUCAAGUACAUUUACAUAAUAUAAACAAAAAGGACAUCAAUAUGAACCAAGUUCCAAAACAUGAAUAUCCAUCAUAUUCCACAAUCGUUAGAAUAAUAUCACAUGAAAAUAAAGAAUUGAUUAAUAAUUUAUAUCAGCAAUAUCAUGAAUAAGAUCCAACUCACCUCGUUGACUGGACAUAAAUAACUUUUGCAUGGCAGUAAUGUUAAAACAGAUUUUGCAAAGAGGAGCGGUAAACGAAGGUCUCCUUCUAGGUCAAAUAACAGCAAAGUGACAAAAUCAAGAAAAUAGUUAUUUUGGGUUGUCAUGGCACUUUGCGCACAUUGAUAUCAUAAAAAUAUAAUCAAGAAACAUAUGUUUUAUAAUUACACUGAAUUGGCAAGUUAGACCGAGAAAGUGGAGAGGUGGAGCAACGGGUACUGCAACCCGACCGCCUAGCUGGUGUGUGUUCUGUAAGACCAACGGGGAAAGCGAGAUGGUGUACGCCAGCCACAAGUUCAAGUUGGAGGAUGGCAUCACUAGCUUUGAGAAAGAGCACACCACCAGUAUUAAUCAUGUUCGAUCCAUUCCAAGAUAAUUUUGGUCUAAGUCGGCUACUGUCUAAUUGUAGACUCUGGCGAUUUUAAGAACUCUAUCUGUAGUCAUUUGCACAACGAUGAUUUCAACUCUAAUGGAGUUGAUGUUCGUGUCAUCACGAACCCGGCUAUGAUGAGUGAUCUCAAUAACAACGUCAUAUCUGACCUCCCCGUGCGACUGCCAAUACAGCGUACUCAGGAUUCCUACCACUGAACAUUGAUAUUACUGAACUUUCGAAAGUGAUGAGAGGAGCGAGUCGACGCUCUAAUAACGGUAGAGGUGGAGCAACGGGUACUGCAACCCGACCGCCCAGCUGGUGUGUGUUCUGUAAAAACAACGGGGAAAGCGAGAUGGUGUACCCCAGGCACAAGUUGAAGUCCGAAGAUGGCAUUUACUAGCUUUGAGAAAGAGCACACCACCAGUAUUAAUCAUGUUCGAUCCAUUCCAAGAUAAUUUUGGUCUAAGUCGGCUACUGUCUAAUUGUAGACUCUGGCGAUUUUAAGAACUCUAUCUGUAGUCAUUUGCACAACGAUGAUUUCAACUCUAAUGGAGUUGAUGUUCGUGUCAUCACGAACCCGGCUAUGAUGAGUGAUCUCAAUAACAACGUCAUAUCUGACCUCCCCGUGCGACUGCCAAUACAGCGUACUCAGGAUUCCUACCACUGAACAUUGAUAUUACUGAACUUUCGAAAGUGAUGAGAGGAGCGAGUCGACGCUCUAAUAACGGUAGAGGUGGAGCAACGGGUACUGCAACCCGACCGCCCAGCUGGUGUGUGUUCUGUAAAAACAACGGGGAAAGCGAGAUGGUGUACCCCAGGCACAAGUUGAAGUCCGAAGAUGGCAUUUACUAGCUUUGAGAAAGAGCACACCACCAGUAUUAAUCAUGUUCGAUCCAUUCCAAGAUAAUUUUGGUCUAAGUCGGCUACUGUCUAAUUGUAGACUCUGGCGAUUUUAAGAACUCUAUCUGUAGUCAUUUGCACAACGAUGAUUUCAACUCUAAUGGAGUUGAUGUUCGUGUCAUCACGAACCCGGCUAUGAUGAGUGAUCUCAAUAACAACGUCAUAUCUGACCUCCCCGUGCGACUGCCAAUACAGCGUACUCAGGAUUCCUACCACUGAACAUUGAUAUUACUGAACUUUCGAAAGUGAUGAGAGGAGCGAGUCGACGCUCUAAUAACGGUAGAGGUGGAGCAACGGGUACUGCAACCCGACUGCCCAGCUGGUGUGUGUUCUGUAAGAACAACGGGGAAAGCGAGAUGGUGUACGCCUGCCACAAGUUGAAGUCGGAGGAUGGCAUCACUAGCUUUGAGAGUGAGCACACCACCAGUAUUAAUCAUGUUCGAUCCAUUCCAAGAUAAUUUUGGCCUAAGUCGGCUACUGUCUAAUUGUAGACUCUGGCGAUUUUAAGAACUCUAUCUGUAGUCAUUUGCACAACGAUGAUUUCAACUCUAAUGGAGUUGAUGUUCGUGUCAUCACGAACCCGGCUAUGAUGAGUGAUCUCAAUAACAACGUCAUAUCUGACCUCCCCGUGCGACUGCCAAUACAGCGUACUCAGGAUUCCUACCACUGAACAUUGAUAUUACUGAACUUUCGAAAGUGAUGAGAGGAGCGAGUCGACGCUCUAAUAACGGUAGAGGUGGAGCAACGGGUACUGCAACCCGACCGCCCAGCUGGUGUGUGUUCUGUAAAAACAACGGGGAAAGCGAGAUGGUGUACCCCAGGCACAAGUUGAAGUCCGAAGAUGGCAUUUACUAGCUUUGAGAAAGAGCACACCACCAGUAUUAAUCAUGUUCGAUCCAUUCCAAGAUAAUUUUGGUCUAAGUCGGCUACUGUCUAAUUGUAGACUCUGGCGAUUUUAAGAACUCUAUCUGUAGUCAUUUGCACAACGAUGAUUUCAACUCUAAUGGAGUUGAUGUUCGUGUCAUCACGAACCCGGCUAUGAUGAGUGAUCUCAAUAACAACGUCAUAUCUGACCUCCCCGUGCGACUGCCAAUACAGCGUACUCAGGAUUCCUACCACUGAACAUUGAUAUUACUGAACUUUCGAAAGUGAUGAGAGGAGCGAGUCGACGCUCUAAUAACGGUAGAGGUGGAGCAACGGGUACUGCAACCCGACUGCCCAGCUGGUGUGUGUUCUGUAAGAACAACGGGGAAAGCGAGAUGGUGUACGCCUGCCACAAGUUGAAGUCGGAGGAUGGCAUCACUAGCUUUGAGAGUGAGCACACCACCAGUAUUAAUCAUGUUCGAUCCAUUCCAAGAUAAUUUUGGCCUAAGUCGGCUACUGUCUAAUUGUAGACUCUGGCGAUUUUAAGAACUCUAUCUGUAGUCAUUUGCACAACGACGAUUUCAUCUCCAAUGGAGUCGAUGUUCGUGUCAUCACGAACCCGGCUAUGAUGAGUGAUCUCAACAACGUUAUGUCCGGUUUCCCCGUGUCGACUGCCAAUACAGCAUACUCAGGAUUCCUACCACUGAACAUUGAUAUUACUGAACUUUCGAAAGUGAUGAGAGGAGCGAGUCGACGCUCUAAUAACGGUAGAGGUGGAGCAACGGGUACUGCAACCCGACCGCCCAGCUGGUGUGUGUUCUGUAAGAACAACGGGGAAAGCGAGAUGGUGUACGCCUGCCACAAGUUGAAGUCGGAGGAUGGCAUCACUAGCUUUGAGAGUGAGCACACCACCAGUAUUAAUCAUGUUCGAUCCAUUCCAAGAUAAUUUUGGCCUAAGUUGGCUACUGUCUAAUUGUAGACUCUGGCGAUUUUAAGAACUCUAUCUGUAGUCAUUUGCACAACGACGAUUUCAUCUCCAAUGGAGUCGAUGUUCGUGUCAUCACGAACCCGGCUAUGAUGAGUGAUCUCAACAACGUUAUGUCCGGUUUCCCCGUGUCGACUGCCAAUACAGCAUACUCAGGAUUCCUACCACUGAACGUUGAUAUUACUGAACUUUCGAAAGUGAUGAGAGGAGCGAGUCGACGCUCUAAUAACGGUAGAGGUGGAGCAACGGGUACUGCAACCCGACCGCCCAGCUGGUGUGUGUUCUGUAAAAACAACGGGGAAAGCGAGAUGGUGUACCCCAGGCACAAGUUGAAGUCCGAAGAUGGCAUUUACUAGCUUUGAGAGUGAGCGCACCACCAGUAUUAAUCAUGUUCGAUCCAUUCCAAGAUUAUUUUGGUCUUAGUGUGCGACUGUCUAAUUGUAGAUUCAGUGGAGAUUUUAAGAACUCUAUCUGUAGUCAUUUGCACAACGAUGAUUUCAACUCCAAUGGAGUCGAUGUUCGUGUCAUCACGAACCCGGCUAUGAUGAGUGAUCUCAAUAACAACAACGUCAUAUCUGACCUCCCCGUGUCGACUGCCAAUACAGCGUACUCAGGAUUCCUACCACUGAACAUUGAUGUUACUGAACUUUCAGUCAAGUUCGAAUGUGAGUUAAUUUAAGGUUAAAGGUUAGUGAACUUUCCAUGACUUGCACUGUGCUGUGUUGUACACACAAUAACUUUCUAUAGCCUCGAAACAGGUAUUAAAGAUAUCUCACUGGUACUGUAAGUUCGGAUGCUUUUUGCAUCUGUUUGUUCCACUAAUGGCAUGACCUUAUCUGUUUGUUCCACUAAUGUAAUUACCUAUAGUUUUGACAUGCAGUCUCUUUACUGCAAUAUGCAGGCAAGACAACGCUUGUAGUAAUGAGGUUCAACGAAAUGACACCAUUCACAAUGUAAUACCAAAGAUUCAAAAUAAGAAAGGCAUUCCUUUGAUGACCAGCAUCUCGUACGCUGGCAAGUAACUCGCGAAUAAAGUUUGAACAUUAUUAUAGUGAAAUAGUCAUAAAAGCUCUGGAUAUUAAACAAACAGACAAAAACAGUACAAUACUUUGUGAUGUUAAAAUUUAUAUUUAUUUUAUCUUCCAACAACAGAAAUCUCUAUUUAAAAACAUGUUUAAUUCUUUUAUUCUUUUAGGUAUAAAAGAAUUACAAAGAAGUCUUUGGAUUUAGUUGAGACUUGGCUUGUUGAUGUUCUUAAGACUCUCAUUAGUGUUUUACCAAAGGGUGCCAUCUUGGUAAGACAGAACAGAGAUUGGAAAUUUUUUUUACAGCUUUCAGAGUGAGCACACCACCAGUAUUGAUAACAGAGGAAUUCAAAAGGUGAUUUUGACUGUUUGAAAUGACAAAAAUAGCCCCCAUAAUAUGUGUUCGAUAUAAACUAUAACUUGAAUUAAGCCAAAAGUAUGGUCGUUAUUGUGAGUAUAAAUCCCUAACAAUUGUUUGAACAGAAAAUUUGUCAUGGGCUUAGUACUUUGACCUUUGCAUAAAAUUAGCUGAAAAGUUUACAAAAAUGAAAUGCCUUCACAUGUAGAUAGGUAUCGUUAAAUAUUUCCUUUGAAAUAUAAUUUUCUGUGAAAAUUACCAAGACACAAUUUAAAUUUUAAAGUACUCUUUUUAAGUCAACAAAAGGAUCUCAAACAAUCUUGAUUAAGUUGACUUACUGUCGUAAGCUUGUCAUUUCUGUUGAGUUCAAAAACAAAGUGGUGAUUGACAGUUUGGGUAUGAAUCAAUGGUUUUCAGUGUGACGUUUUCUCCCCUCUUUCCACUUGUAGCCUGUACGGUUUUCUUCCCCUUUUGUGCCAAAUAUUUUGAUGGCACAUGGACUUGAUUGAAUCCUGUUCAAUCUGCAUUAUAGAUUUGAGCUGGUGUGUUUCCCAGCUCAGUGGAAUUCAGCAGUUUCUUGAAAUGUGUAUCAGUGACCGUUGGAUUCGGCAUUGAUGCACAAGGGGCAGAGAGUGCUUCUGGCUGUCAAAGAGGUUCGUGAGGUUUGUGGUUCUUGAAUCCAACAUACCAGUCUUAUCCUGCUCUCCUUAUCAUUAUAGAAAUAAUAAAAUAGAGGCCGUUCUCAUUACGCUUUCUAAAACUAGUUUACUGGAA